GGGUUCAGGCUGAGGUGUCUUGACGAUUAGGUUUCAGGCUGCAGGGAGAAGCCCCAGUACCAAGGGUGAUCGGAUAUCGGAUAUAAUCGGACGUGAAAACUGUCCCCAACCUCCAGACAAUGUGGAUCAGAUAUAAGAUCUUAAUCUUUUCUUACCUGACUACAGAAAUCUGCAUGGAGAAGCACUAUUUAUCUCAAAGGGAAGUGGAGCGAGGAGCCUACUUCACCAGGAAUCACACCGUUUUGGAAAGCAUUCGAUUCAAAAGAGCCAUUUACCAAGGACAGUACUGUACAAGUUUCGGUUGUUGUGAAGACAGAGAUGAUGGCUGUGUCACUCAGUUCUAUGAGGCAAACGCAUGGUGCUACUGUGACAGAUUCUGUGAAAGGGAAAACUCUGAUUGCUGCCCUGAUUACAGGUCCUUCUGCCGAGAAGAGAAGAAGUGGCCUCCUCCCACAAAGCCUUGGUAUCUGGAAGGUUGCUUCAAAGAUGGGCAACAUCAUGAAGAAGGAUCAGUGAUUACAGACAACUGCAACUCCUGCACGUGCUCAGGCCAGCAGUGGAAGUGUUCCCAGCGUGCAUGCCUUGUUCGCCCAGAAUUAAUUGAACACAUCAACAAAGGGGACUAUGGAUGGACAGCUCAGAACUACAGCCAGUUCUGGGGAAUGACACUAGAGGAAGGCUUCACUUUUCGCCUGGGCACCUUGCCCCCCAGCCCCACGCUCCUGAGCAUGAACGAAGUGACGGCUGCUUUACCUGCCAAAACCGACCUUCCAGAGUUUUUUAUUGCUUCUUAUAAGUGGCCAGGAUGGACUCAUGGCCCACUGGACCAAAAAAACUGUGCAGCAUCCUGGGCAUUUUCCACUGCAAGCGUGGCUGCUGACCGAAUAGCGAUUCAGUCCGACGGCCGGUACACUGCCAACCUCUCCCCUCAGAACUUGAUCUCUUGCUGUGCCAAGCACCGUCACGGAUGCAAUGGUGGAAGCAUUGAUAGGGCUUGGUGGUACCUGAGAAAACGUGGACUGGUAUCUCAUGCAUGCUAUCCACUUUUCAAAGAUCAAAACUCUACCAAUGGAUGUGCUGUGGCCAGUAGGCCUGAUGGACGGGGGAAACGGCAUGCCACAACACCAUGCCCCAACAACAUAGAGAAAUCUAACAGGAUCUACCAAUGUUCUCCUCCAUACAGAGUCUCUUCCAAUGAAACACAGAUAAUGAAAGAAAUAAUGCAAAAUGGACCAGUUCAAGCCAUAAUGCAAGUCCAUGAAGAUUUCUUCUAUUACAAGACAGGGAUAUAUAGACAUGUUACCAGCACAAUUGAAGAUUCAGACAAAUAUCAAAAGCUUCGGACCCAUGCAGUCAAACUCACUGGCCCUGAUUGAAUUCUACUGUCGCGCCUGUCAGAAUGGAAUCAAGUUGAUGAGACAGUUUGUGCUCUACUUGUUUUCCCUUGUUUGACACCAGCUUUCAAAGACUCUUCAUCCCCAGCACUGUCCAGAUCUGUUCCCCUCUGUAGUUGGUAAUGCUAUGAGGUGCCUUUACUAAAACACAACACAACACAACCAAAAAGCAACAAUAGCGGAAACAAAAGCUGUCUUUUUAUUUGGGUUAAGAGGGUUGUAAAGGACCAUUCGCAGAUUGUCUUGACAUUUCUGGCUUACAAAACAUAUGUGUGUGCCUGUGCUUGUGUAUGUUUGCAGGUGUGAGUUUGUGUGUGUGUGCGUGUGUUUCUGGUUCCUUUCAAGUACAGGACUAAUCAGACUCUGGAGGGACGCUGCAUGGCCGUAACUGUGAGGACAUCAUCAAGGCCAAGCUUGGUUUCAAAUGCAACUUCUGUCCCUAGUUCCAUGGUAAGGGCCACCAUCGAAAUGUACACAGGAGGCGAGAACAUGGAAGAAGUAAGGUGGCCUCUGACUUCUCUGCCAGUGAUGUUCAUGCUGGUAGAGAGGAGGAGCCCCUCCAGGCCAUCACGACACAUCUGUGAAUGCAGGCAGAUCCAAUGUUGUGGGUGGCCCUGGACAGGUAGUAAUGCUGCUCCGUAAGAUCACGAAUGUGCAACAGUAUUAUACUAUUUUGCAUGACUCAGUUGCACAGUACACAUGUGCGGACUCUACAGGGGACGCAGGAGCACUGUGUUGAGGGGGGCACAUCACAGUCCAGCAUCCAUCUCCCACCACACCCAGAAAGUCAGCGGAAACCUGAGCAAUUUCAGAGCCCACACAUGCUUGUGUACUUGGGCAACUAACAUGCAACAAUUAACAAUAGGAGUAUUUAACCUACCUACAUGUGUACCUGCCCAUGAUGAUAAACAUGUUUUGUUAUUAAGCAGACAUGCCAGUUGUCUUAAUUAAAUUACAUGUGGCCCAAUAAAAUCCCUAUUCACUCACUGGGGCCCAGGCAAGCCAAAAGGUUGGAUGGCCAUAGUAUGUUGUAUGUAGUAUAAGGUUAUCAGGAUUUUAUUCUGUGCUGGGGAGGGAAGGGGAGAAUAUAUAUACACAUAUAUAACAAUUCUGAUGAGUGAAUGAAUGUUACUAUGGCAAUUUGCAGUGUCUUCUCUGUACAGAAACAUCCAGGAUAUUACUACUCCAGUAAGAUCAAAGAGAAUGUCAGCUCAAGUGUAUGCUGCAGCAAAAGGAAAGAGUUGCAUAUAAAAAAAAAAUGCCAAAUUUUCAAAUGAUGACUAUUACUUGUGUUAAAUGACAACUUUAAUGAACUUUGAUCCUCAGAAUAAAUGCAUUAUCUGUUAUUCUUUUCUAGCCCCACAAUUGGAAUAAUUAUAUUCAUUAUAUUCCAGGAUACAAUGAGACCAUCGGAUGUGAUGAAUCCGAUCCUGGUUAGAAUAUUCCUGUAAUGACCUAACUGUUCUCCCUUCCUCCAACCCCACCCAUAUCCCUUUAUUAGUCUACCCACUUACUGUCACCAGUUUUAACUUCCUGUGGUCAUCUGAAAUCCUCUUCUUUCCAAAACUUUCAUUAUUUCUUCAUAAAUGUGGGCAGGCCAGGUUUUCAUAUUAUUAUAUGCUCCUCUCUCUCAGUUGCCCUCAUUUCUCCUUAGCAUCUUUGGCAAAUUAUCCAAAACCCAUCAUGUUUUCCCUCCUUAUCAUAACCAGAAAGGGUUCCACCCUUUCCUGCUGUCUUCAGUUCCCAGUUUUUGUUACUUACAUUAUUAAUUGAUUCUAAACUGUGACACUAGUGACAGUUUAGCCACUAAACCAUAUAAUCUUGAAGUGUUGCUUAAUUUCUUUGGGUUUCAUAUCUAUAAAAUAAAGAAAUUAGAUUAGAGUCAAAUUAAUUUUGUGGGCCAUAUGGUCUUGAGUAUUCAGUGCUGCUAUUAGCAGAUGUAGACAAUACUUUUAUGAAUCCAAAUGGAUGUUCCAUAAAAUUUUAUUUAGAAAAAUAGGCAUCAAGCCAGAUUUAUUUUAUGAGCCAGUUAGCCAACCCUUAGAGAGUACUAUAA